AUGGUGAAACGCAUUGCACCCCCAGAUGAUGUAGCAGAUGUUGUAGCAAAUGUUGUAGCAGAUGUUGGAGCAGAUGUUGGAGCAGAUGUUGGAGCAGAUGUUGUAGCAGAUGUUGGAGCAGAUGUUGUAGCAGAUGUUGUAGCAGAUGUUGGAGCAGAUGUUGGAGCAGAUGUUGGAGCAGAUGUUGUAGCAGAUGUUGUAGCAGAUGUUGGAGCAGAUGUUGGAGCAGAUGUUGGAGCAGAUGUUGGAGCAGAUGUUGUAGCAGAUGUUGUAGCAGAUGUUGGAGCAGAUGUUGUAGCAGAUGUUGGAGCAGAUGUUGUAGCAGAUGUUGUAGCAGAUGUUGGAGCAGAUGUUGGAGCAGAUGUUGUAGCAGAUGUUGUAGCAGAUGUUGGAGCAGAUGUUGUAGCAGAUGUUGUAGCAGAUGUUGGAGCAGAUGUUGGAGCAGAUGUUGGAGCAGAUGUUGUAGCAGAUGUUGGAGCAGAUGUUGGAGCAGAUGUUGUAGCAGAUGUUGUAGCAGAUGUUGGAGCAGAUGUUGGAGCAGAUGUUGGAGCAGAUGUUGUAGCAGAUGUUGGAGCAGAUGUUGGAGCAGAUGUUGUAGCAGAUGUUGUAGCAGAUGUUGGAGCAGAUGUUGGAGCAGAUGUUGGAGCAGAUGUUGUAGCAGAUGUUGUAGCAGAUGUUGGAGCAGAUGUUGGAGCAGAUGUUGGAGCAGAUGUUGUAGCAGAUGUUGUAGCAGAUGUUGGAGCAGAUGUUGUAGCAGAUGUUGUAGCAGAUGUUGGAGCAGAUGUUGGAGCAGAUGUUGGAGCAGAUGUUGUAGCAGAUGUUGGAGCAGAUGUUGGAGCAGAUGUUGUAGCAGAUGUUGGAGCAGAUGUUGGAGCAGAUGUUGGAGCAGAUGUUGUAGCAGAUGUUGGAGCAGAUGUUGGAGCAGAUGUUGUAGCAUAUGUUGUAAUGUUAUUGUUCGCUAAAUAA